AUGGCUCCGCCGGAUAUCUCCGAAACCGAAUCGCCCUAUCAAAAAUUCAGGGUUAACCCCAAUGAUGAAUUUAUUGGUGAAGAAGAUGAACCAGACCGAGUGUUCAUGACCAUGACUGAUCGAGAUGGUUCCGUUCUCUAUGAAAUGGAAGGUCUGCCCCUUCUACGUGGAAUCAUUCAGCAAAAUGACCUCGGGGCACUUCAGCAAUACUUCACUUUUGCGCCAUGUUUCGUUCCGAAGCUUCCGAAUGGUGAAGAAGAGAUUAUUGAAACAACUGAUUACUUCUGCCUGGCUGUCGAAAGCGGAAGCCUAGAUGUACUUCAAUGGCUUCUGGACAACGCCUCGAGGGAUACCGCUUCCACUCAACCGAUAAGAUUCAAAAUGCGCGGGUUUCAGCUAUUGAAUGAAGCUGCUAGAUACGGUCAUAUGGAGAUAGUAAAAUUCUUACUCGACCAUCAGCCACUAUAUGCCAACAUCCAAGAUCGAGAUAACAAGGGCUGCACCGCCAUAUUAUCAGCUGCAGAUGUCUUUUCAGAGAGAUAUUGCUUCCAACCCAAAUGGAACGAAGUCUGCCUUAAGAACAACGAAGCGGUGAUUAACUUACUGCUAGAUCGGGGUGCUUAUGCUUCGGAUACUGUCCUCGCUACUUAUAAUGGCGAGACCCUAGACACGGUUCUGACUCUGGUUGUUAAGUGGGCAGGCCCUGAAUUAAUCAAGAGACUCAUUGAUUGCGGCGCUAACGUCCAUACUACUAUAACAAAAUGGACAAAGUUCAUGGGUCCUUCUGCUUCUGGAGUCAAUGCACUAGCUGUUGCGUGUUAUCAUGCAAAUAUCAAGGCUGCUAAAACUCUGAUUGAUUGUCGAGGUGUCGUUACUGCCGCGAGUAUGGCAUGCUCCCGAGACAGUCUGGGGGGCCUUCCUCUCCACUGGGCGACUCAGAAUCAAUUACCAGAUAAUUUGGAAUAUAUCCCAAAAUCAAUAUUACGAGAAAGAGUACAGAAUAUCACGAGCCUUAUUGAACUCCUCCUCAACUUACACCCCGCGGCAAUCAACGUACAGGACCAAGAUGGAUAUACGCCUUUGCACCACGCUACAGAAUCUUUCGGUCGAAACAGCAAAUUAUAUACCCCCGUCUUUGAACUAUUAUGCAAGAGGGGUGGUGAUGCCAGCAUACGUAACAACAAGGGCCAGACGCCUCUGCAUACCUUAUUCGACACGUGCAUAACGAAUGUGCCUAUCGACCCGGCUGCUAUAUCUGUUUUACUCGCCCAUGGAGCAAGGGUUACAGACACUGUUGCUGGUAACACACCCUUGCAUAUUGCAGCCGGAAACCUACAUUUUGUCGAUGCCGUAUCGUGCUUGCUUGACCACGGUGCAGACCCCACAGCAAAAGAUUUGUCACAAGCGACGGCUCUCCAUAGAGCUGCUUCUGGUCGUUCCUGGCCAAGCGAGGUUGACAAGGCUGAGGCAAGAACAAGAUUGCAAGAGGACAUGCUGGCAAGACUGCUCUAG